UAUUCUUUCGUCGAACACUAUACAAUUACGGUCUUUGACAAAUCGCUCCGAUAAAAUAUUAUCAUUGUAAUAAUACAUCGUGAACUUUUCUAUUAAACAUACUUUAUUAUUUUUUAUUCAUUAUUAAUAAACACGUUAUUUAACGCAAAAAAAAUGUUCGCUCUCAAAGUGGCGUGUGUGUGUUUGUCCGUCGCCGUCGUUUUCGGUGAAAAUAAUCAACAAAACUCAAAUGAUCGGUCUGCCUCUAUAUUCCAGAGUUGCAUAUCCGAAACAAAGUUGUCUGGCGACGCACUCAAAGGGUUCCGGUCGAUGAGUAUACCAAAGACGCAAGCCGAAAAAUGUAUGAUGGGUUGUCUGAUGAGAAAAGUCAACGUAAUUAACAAGGGCAAGUUUUCGGUUGAAGAGGCUACUAAGGUGGCACAGAAAUAUUACGGGACAAACGAAACAAUGAUGAAAAAGGCAAAGGACCUCAUCGACGUUUGCGCAAAGAAAGCUCAAUCGACGACUGAAGAGUGUGCGUUGGCCGGAAUCGUGACUACUUGUAUCGUGGAGGAAGCUCAAAAAGCUGGCUUAACUGGCGGACCUGGCGGCAACCGUUCCAGACGAACCGUUUCACCGAAAUUUAGAGCCAACGUCGAAUAAACCGUUCACGCCGUUCCUAUGAUUAUUUAAAUGCUAUACGCAUAUAACUACUAAACUAAUUAAUUUUAUACCAAAUUAUCUUGUACAUGUUUACAUGACCGUCAAUAAACAUAUUAUUUAAACAA